GCUAUACACGUUCUGCUUCCUCUCACUAUGAAGCUAUCCGGAGUUUCUACACUACUCUGUGCUUUGUCCCUUGUGGACGGCAUCACUGCCCAUCCUGAGAUGAGCAAGACUCUUCGCGAGAUUGAGGAAGUUGCAAAGACAAAGCGGGCAGAAUCCUUCCUUGAUUGGAAGGAUCUGGACGAGCUCUUCGAAGACUACGAAGAUUUUGCUUCUGGCUGGUCUAUUGCGAACAUUCUUCUCAGAAGGGAACCAGCUCAGAAGAGAACAGAUGAGUGGUCGCCACCAGGACCACCCGGAAGCCCUAAAUGCAAGGCUGACACGUGCUGUAUUUGGGCCCAUGUCUCCAAGACUUUGACCGAAUUGUUUGUGGACGGAAAUGGACAAUGCAAUGACAAUGCACGCUCUGCUGUCCGCUUUGGUUUUCACGACGCCGGCGCCUGGCGCAAGGGACUGGACUUUGGAGGUGCAGAUGGGAGUCUUGUUCUGUCAGAUGUGGAGAUCAACAGACGGGAGAACUCAGGCCUCGCAGGUUGGAGGAACAAAGUCAAAGAAUUGGUUAAAAAGUUCGACGUUGGCGUAGCUGAUUUCGUUCAAUUUGCCGCAACGCACGCCGCAGUCUCCUGCCCCCUUGGACCUCACAUGCGAGUUUUCGUUGGCCGCCCGGAUAGCAGCAGAACGGCACCUGAGAAUCUGAUCCCAAGCCCUUUUGGUACCGCUGACGAACUCAUUCAACUCUUCCAAGACAAAUCCAUCUCGCCCCACGAUCUGGUUGCUCUCCUUGGAGCUCAUAGUACGAGCAAGCAGAGAUUUGUCGAUCCACAGAGAGCUGGUGCCCCACAGGACACUACACCUGGUAUCUGGGACGUGUUGUACUACAAGGAAACGCUCCAGCAAAACCCGCCAGCGCAGAUCUUCCGUUUUCAAAGCGACAUCAAUCUCUCCAAAGAUCGUCGUACGGCAGAAGAGUUCCGCGAUUUUGCGGGUCGUGGAGGACAGGAGCACUGGAAUGAGGAUUACGCGAAGGCCUAUCUACGUCUGUCAUUGCUAGGUGUGCGCAAGACUCGUGACUUGACGGAGUGCACAAAAGCUCUUCCUCAGUCAGGAGACGACUAA